AUGGCUGCUAUCAACAAGAUCGCCCACAACUCGCCGUCGAGGCAGAACCCCUCCGAGCUGGAGACCGCGAUCGCCGGUGCUCUUUUCGACUUGGAGAGCAACACACAGGACCUGAAGGCCACCCUCAGGCCUUUGCAGUUCGUCUCUGCCCGUGAGGUUGAGGUUGGCCACGGCAAGAAGGCAGUCAUUGUCUUCGUCCCUGUCCCUCUUCUCCAGGGCUUCCACAAAAUCCAGCAGCGUCUGACCCGUGAGCUGGAGAAGAAGUUCUCGGACCGUCACGUCCUCUUCGUUGCUCAGCGCCGCAUCCUGCCCCGCCCCAAGCGCUCGAAGCGUCCUCGUUCCCGCACUCUGACUGCCGUGCACGACGCGAUUCUCACCGACCUGGUGUACCCAGUCGAGAUCGUCGGAAAGCGCAUCCGCACCAAGGAGGAUGGCAGCAAGACCCUGAAGGUUGUCCUGGACGAGAAGGAGCGUGGUGGUGUUGACCACCGUCUUGAUGCGUACGGCGAGGUUUACCGUCGUCUCACCGGCCGUGCUGUUUCCUUCGAGUUCCCUCAGAGCGGUCCCGCUGAGUUUUAG